CUCAGGCUUGGACGACAUCAAACAACAAAAGUUGAAGUGGCGAUUGUCUUCGCGCAUGUUACCUUCACCGAUUCUCAGAACUCACAAUGGCCACCCCAGCCAUCAAUCAUGCGCUUCCCAGAUUCCUACUCCCCAAAUUGAGUUGGCAACAGGUGCCACUCCAACAUAACGUUGCACGAGCUUCAAGCACCAUGCCAAAGAGGUACAACGGGCCCCCAAAACCGAGAGCUCCCCCAGUCCAGAGAGUAAUAACAAGAUAUAAUGCCUCUCUUCGAACAAGGUCCAGCAUCCUCAAGAAUCCUGUGCAUCAUCGAGCCUUCCAUGCCACAACACGCCGAGCUCGAGAUCAUCACUUUGACACUCUCAAGUUUGUCCAGCGUUUGCAAGAGGAGGGUUUCACAGAGGCUCAGGCAGUUGCAAUGAUGAAAGUGCUCAGCGAUGUUAUUGAAGAAAGUAUCCAAAACCUCACUCGAACCAUGGUACUGCGAGAAGAUCAAGCCAAGGCAACAUAUGCCCAGAAAGUCGACUUUGCAAAGCUGCGCUCCGAACUCCUUUCUGCCGACUCCACAGAAUCAUCGACCACUCGAGCAUCGCAUGAGCGCUUGACGAACGAUCUCGCGAAGUUAAAUAGCAGAUUGAGGGACGAAGUCAGUAGGACACAAGCGUCUGUGAGACUAGAUCUGAAUCUCGAGAAGGGGAGGAUUAGAGAAGAAGCCAAUGUUCAGGAAUUGAAGAUCAAGGAGACUGAAACGAAGAUUGAGCAGGAGGUUGCAGGGCUCAGGGAGAAGUUGGAGGGCGUCAAGUUCCAAACUUUGCAAUGGCUUAUGGGUGUCUGCACCGGUACCGCUGCAUUGAUUCUUGGUGCUUGGAGACUGUUGAUGUAAAUGCCAUACUUGCAAGCAAACUUAGGAACACGGAAUUUGAGAUGUGUGCACGAGAUGACUUGUGUUAUGACCAGCUACCUAACCCCGCGCCCGUCAUUACUACCGAUUAAAUGGCUCAAUUAGGCAUUCGUACUGGCCUAGGGAAAGUGCCCCUAACAAUGUCGGCCUGUCCUUCGCCUAUGUUCCCCCGAGGAAUAAAUCAACGCUUUUUAGAUUGCUUUGCCAGUGCAACCCCAAAAUCAGGGCAGAAACAAGGAAAAUAUUAUUCAUCGUCAUGAAAUGUUUCAAGCUGUCUCACACAGCCGUCCAUUUCCCAUCCGCUUUCCACAGCAGUCCCAAUGUCUCUCAC